GUUGAAGUCGGAACAUAUUAAUCAGGCGAUUUCUGAUUUCAAUGUUCGUCUGGACGAGGCGAUAAAAAUGAAUAAAUCGCGAUCCAAUUCUACAGGAAAAUCAUCUCUGGAGACAAUAUCUGAACAGUUCAGUAAGUUUAGAUCAGAUACACUGUUAUUUGUGGAGAAUUUAAAAAGAAUGGUUGAAAAUAAUUCUAAGCAGAUAGAUAAUCUCGAAAACUAUUCUAGAAGAAAUUGCCUCUUAUUUCAUGGGAUUGUUGAGACUGAAAAUGAAAAUGUUGAUGAGGUGAAAGAUAAGAUCUUAGAUGAAAUUGAGAAAUUGAAAAUCCCAAAUUGGGAGGCUAAAGAUCACUUGAUCGAUUGGUGUCACCGAUUGGGUAAGCAAAGGAGUGAUGAACAUAGAAAUCGACCUAUUAUUGUUAGGUUUGUAAUGUAUAAUUCGAAACGGGAGAUAUGGAAAUUUAAGAAAAACUUGAAGGGUACCAAGGUUAUGAUUACUGAGUCGCUUUCAAGGAUUCGUUUGAUGGUCUUCAAGGAGGCUAGACUGACGUUUGGUGUGCCAAAUACUUGGACCUUUGAUUGUAAUAUUUUUGUGAGAAUGAAGAAUGGAAAGGUUGUUAAAGUUCAGUUCAUGGAUCAAUUGAAGGAGUUAAAUUUGAGGAAUACACAACCAAAUUUGAAGAAGAGUAAAUCCUAUUAGCCUGAUAAUUUGCUUUAUAGAGCUCUUAGAGGAUUUUUUUUUUCUGUCCUUAAGUACAACCUUGGUAAGUUUCGUUUUUAUUUUAUUAUUUUUUUUUUGAUGUUUUGUUUUAUUUACAUUGAUUUAAAUUUUUAAUAAAACUAUGCGGUACGUUUUUGCGCAUCUGAAUUGCCGUUCUUUGCUUCCUAGCUUCGAUGAUGUUAGAGAUCUCUUGAA